UUAUUAAUGGAGAUUUAGCGGGAUAUUGACGUUUUUUACCUUCUUUUGAUGUAAUGAUUCAACUAGAACUAUUGUGUUUAUAGAUGACUAUACUAUUUCUAAUUGUCACCAGUUAUAAAAGAGGACCGUAUUGCGGUGAAAAACGUAACUCUUUUGUGAAAUUUAUUUGUUCUAGUGACCGAUGGUGACAAUGGUGAAAUUUAUUUGUACAUGAGAAGAAAACAAGAACUCAUUUUUAUAUUAUGUAAUAUCUAUGUUUCAGUAUAUAUACUCAGUUUAAUAAUGAUUUUGUAAUUUUUAAAUGACAAAUAGGUGUCUAUGGAUCCUUAACAAUUGUGCGAUGUCGAAUGCUUUAUCAUCCUUGAAGAGAUUAUGGUGCAUUCAUAUGUUGUCUUUAUUUGUCUUUUUAUGGCUAUUUACAACAUAAUUUUAAGAAGACAAUCUAGAAAUAGACGGGUCACUCGAUAUAGCACAGGUGCUAGAAUUCCUAAAAUCAUGUCUCAUCUAAAUUCUAUCAUUCGUGACAGUGAUAUUGUAUGUAUUGAUAAGCUUAGGAUGGAUAGAAAGGCCUUUCACAUUUUAGCUUCUUUAGCCACGAAUAUUGGAGGAUUGACAGACACUAACAAUAUGUCAAGCAUUGAAAAGCUAGCAAUGUUCUUAAAUAUUUUGGCUCAUCACGAGAAGAACAGGUCUAUCAAAGUUGAUUAUAUUAGAUCAAGGUAGAGUGUAAGUCAAGCCUUUAAUGAAUGUCUAAGAGAUAUUCUCAAACUAACUCCAUUAUUACUUGUUGGUCCUAAUCCAGUGGCCGAAGAUGAGACUGAUGAUCAAUGGAAAUGGUUUAAGGUAGGUAAAUUUCUAUAUAACAUUUGAUUUACUAUAGAAAGAUUUAAAACAUUAUCAUGUAAGUAUUUUGUUAAUUUAUUUUAUAGGGUUGUCUAAGUGCAUUGGAUGGUACUUACAUUCCCAUUAGAGUUCGAACUAUAGAUAAGCCAAGAUACAGGACACGGAAAGGAGAUAUAGCAACUAAUGUCUUGGGGGUUUGUGAUAGAAAUCUUAACUUUAUUUAUGUCUUACCUAGUUGGGAGGGAUCAGCCGCUAAUGGUUGUGUAUUGCGAGAUGCUGUUGUACGAAGGAAUGGUUUGAAAGCACCCGAGGGUAUGCUUUAUACAGAAAGACUUGUCUAUUCUUAUUACCUUAAAAGUAGAAUAAUAUUUUAAAGUAAUUAUAUUAUUGUUUAUAUUUUUUAGGCAAUUAUUAUUUAUGUGACGGAGGAUAUACAAAUGAAAAUGGUUUUCUGUCCCCUUAUCGAGGAUAUAGAUACUGGCUAAGGGAUUGGCAAGGUGACAAUCCACCACCUCAAUGCCGAGAAGAGCUAUUUAAUAUGAAGCAUGCUAGGGCGCGCAAUGUUAUUGAAAGAGCAUUUGGUGUAUUGAAAGGACUUUGGGGAAUUCUUAGAAGUCCUUCGUGGUACUCGGUUAAGAUUCAUACUAGAAUCAUUAGUGCAUGCUGUUUGUUACACAAUUUCAUUCGAAGAGAGAUGGAAGUUGAUCCGUUAGACAUGGAAACAGAAUUCAACAUGGAGCAUCAACAUGAACCUGAACAUGGAAAUAUUGAUACCGUUGAACCAUCCAAUAAGUGGACCACUUGGAGGGAUGAGCUAGCUCAGUCUAUGUGGAAUGAAAGAUCUAGCAAUUAGUCUUUGUAAUUUUUAAGUUAUGUUGUCAUUUUGUGGUGCUUGUACACUUUUGGUAUGGUUUUCGUCCAUUGGAAGAUGUAGUAGCUAGUAAUAUUUUGUGAAGACAAAUAGUGAAUUUUUUUGUAUGUCUUACAUUGCUGUUUAUAGAGACAAUUCACCUUAAUGUAUAUCUAACAAUAUCUUUUUGGUAAAGCUUUAUUUUUUUUUUUGGUAAAGAUAUCUAACAAUAUCUUUUUGAAGACAAAUAGUGAAUCUUUACGUAUGUUUUUACUUCUUUUUUUAAUAUAAGCAGUGUAUCUAUGAGUUAGUUUCACAUUAUUAGUUUUCCUGAACAAUUUAGUUGUAUAUUUUUCCUUUUUGGUGAUGGAUAAAAUAUUUAUAAGCGAGUCAUAAGUUAGUAAGUGACUUCACAUCUUCUUGUUAAGGUUCUUAAUUAUUUGAUUGCAAAUAGCAAAUACUUGCUCAUUUCUUGCUAUGUUGUUUAUUUGAUCAGCUUUGGUCAAGAUCAUAUUGACGGAAUGAGUAAUCACACAUCAUCUUCUGACCAAGCAUCAAAAAGGUCGAGCCGAUCAACACCUCAGAGCCGAAGGUCAUGGACACUAGAAGAAGAACGCACUCUUAUUGAUGGUUUAAAGGAUUUGUGUGUCAAGGGUUGGAAAGCGGAUAAUGACACCUUUAGGCCCGGAUACAUGACGAAAUUGGAGCUUUAUUUAAACAAAAUCCAUCCAAACUGUGGAUUGAAAUCCCAACCACAUAUUAAUUCUAAAAUGAAAGCAUGGAAGAAAGAUUACGGGACUAUAGUUUUAUUAAAAAGUCGUAGUGGUUUGGGCUUUCAAUAUGGUGAAGGAAGAAUUAUAGUUGAUGAUCCAAGCAAAUGGGAUGAGUUUGUUAAGGCUGAUCCAAAUGCCAAAGGAAUGCAAAACAAGACAUGGCCAUUGUUCGAGGAUUGGGAAGAAAUAUUUGGAAAAGAUAGAGCAACGGGAGAGUUUGCAGAAGGGCCGGAAGAUGCUUUUGAGGAAAUUGUUAGGAGCCAAGGUCAAGGAGUUUCUAAUGACAGGAGAUUAGGAUUUCUUAUUGAAGUUGAUGAUGAAGAUGAUGAAGAAGAUGCUAGACUUGAACCUGAUGUAGCCCCUGGAGAAGCGAAAAAUGCUCAUAGACCUAGUAGAGUUUCUCAAAGUGCAGAUAGAGCUUCUGAAAGUGUAAUCCCGAACAUCAACAAAACCAACAACAAGGUAAAAAUACUAGAAGCUCCUCUUCUAAUGUCAACGAUAAAGAGAAAGGCAAAAAAAGAAAAAGAACUGUUGAAGAUAUUUACGAGACAGCUUUAAGGGAUUUAGUUGAUGUUAUGAAGGAAUUUACGACAAAUCACGGCAAAACAAUGGGUGCUUUAAUUGACAUGUUUAAGGCGCGUGAUGAAUCUGAAAUUCGUGGAAAAGUUUUAGAUAUCCUUUCAUCCCCUGCUUAUCAAGAGUUGUAUAGUCCAGAUCAACAAAUCAAAGCAUCAAUGGGGCUUACUUCUGAUGUU